UCAUACUUCACAUUCCACAUAUAUACUGUCAAACCGGGAGAAAUAUUACAGAAAACAAUAAGACGCCACUGGGAGGAAAAAAAACAAAAAAACAACAAAAAAAAAAAAACCAAAAAAAAAACCAAUAUUCAAACGCUACGAAAUUGCGCAGCUUUUGUCUCCCGCUUUGGAAAGGAAAAGGUGAUUUUUUUACACAUAGAAAACAAAAAAGGAAAAAAGGAAAGAAAAAAAAACCCCCCCCAAAAAAGCUGAAGCUGACACCCGGCAGACCCGCUCCCUUCGAGCCGCUUCCCCGGGGGAACCGACGCGUUUCGCUUGACGGAGAAGACACGCGGUGUUCGCGGGAAUACGCGGCUCCAUAUUCGGAUACGGGCUACGUAGCUGCCGCUCCUCAUAGAUCCAUUGACUGUGGGGCUCGGGGUUGGGCCCAGGGGGAGCCGCCACCAUUGCUUCCAACGAGUGGAGCGCCAACGGUAGCCCAGAGGAUGGGCUGGACGGCGACAACGAGGAGCUGGACAAGGCCAUGGACGGCGACGCCGAGGGUGUGUGGAGCCCGGACAUUGAGCAGAGCUUCCAGGAGGCCCUCGCCAUCUACCCGCCCUGCGGCAGGAGGAAAAUCAUCCUCUCGGACGAGGGAAAGAUGUACGGACGUAAUGAACUGAUCGCGAGGUACAUUAAACUGAGGACGGGCAAAACCCGCACGAGAAAACAGGUGUCUAGUCACAUACAGGUGUUAGCGCGGAAGAAAGUUCGAGAGUACCAGGCGGGUAUAAAGGCAAUGAAUUUGGAUCAAGCCUCUAAAGACAAAGCCCUGCAGAACAUGGCGGCACUAUCAUCUGCACAGAUCGUCUCUCCCACGCUCAUCAAGAACCAACUACCACCGCUUCCCCCGUCCCCCUACCCACAGCAAGCCAGGGUGAGGCUUUUAUCUCAAGACUACUUUUGGCCCGCCCAAAUCCCAGGACAGCCUGGACCCUCUCAGGAGCUGGUUCUAGAGCUCAACCCGGGAAGGACUCCUGGGCUUAGCCGCACCAGCCAUGCUAUCAAACCGUUUGCACAGUCCCCGUACCCAAACCUACCUGGUCCCGUACCGCCACCCAUAUCGAAUUAUGAGCCCUUGGCGCCCCCUCCCCCACCGGCUGCUACAGCUGUACCAGUGUGGCAGGACCGGACCAUUGCCUCGUCUAAGCUGCGUAUGCUUGAAUACUCAGCCUUCAUGGAGGUCCAAAGGGAUCCGGACAAUUACAGCAAACACCUGUUUGUCCACAUCGGGCAAACAAACCCCUCCUACAGUGACCCCCUCCUUGAGGCCGUGGACAUCCGGCAGAUCUAUGACAAGUUCCCUGAAAAGAAAGGUGGCCUCAAAGAGCUCUACGAGAAAGGCCCUCAGAAUGCCUUCUUCCUCGUCAAAUUCUGGGCGGACUUGAACAGCAGUGGAAUGCAAGAUGGUCCCGGUUCAUUUUACGGCGUCAGUAGCCAGUACAGCAGUGCUGAGAACAUGACUAUCACUGUUUCAACCAAAGUGUGCUCGUUUGGCAAGCAGGUGGUUGAAAAGGUGGAGACAGAGUAUGCCCGGAUGGAGGGAGGAAAGUGUGUUUACAGGAUCCACCGCUCUCCUAUGUGCGAGUACAUGAUCAACUUCAUCCACAAGCUCAAACAUUUGCCUGAAAAGUACAUGAUGAACAGUGUUCUUGAAAACUUUACUAUCCUACAGGUGGUGACAAACCGUGACACCCAGGAGACCUUGCUCUGUAUAGCGUUUGUGUUCGAGGUUUCCACGAGUGAGCACGGGGCUCAGUAUCACGUCUACAGACUCGUUAAAGACUAACGGCCCUUCAGGGAGGUUUUGGGAAAAUGGCUGACAAAAGCGUGACACAAUCUCUCUUCAGACCGCUCGGCGAUCCAGGAACGAACAUUCAGACGACGUGAGACCGAGCUUAACACGGACACAUCUUAUACACUUAAGAAAAGAGAAAAAAAAACAAAAAGCAAAACACAACACUACACACCUUGUACGUUGGGAAAGAGAACGAGUUCUCCGCUGACAAGAACAAGAGUUUUUUGAAGAAAUCGCGUGUUCAAACGAGACAACUACUUUCCACGUAUUUAUACAUGCCUCAGAUGAAGUGCGUCACCUUUGCAAGGACAGUGGAAGGUUACUGGGAUGUUUUGUUGUUGAGGGAAUAAGCAUGUGUGCAGGGUUCCCCAGAUUUACUGCGUCACACAAGGGAACUCGCUCCGAGCAAUAAGAGAAACGUAUCAAAAGAUUGGAAGAUGGCAAAAAAAAAAAAGGUAAAGGGCCGCCGCCCCGCCGAGGUCGUUUUACUGUCAGUAAGUCAGGACAGCAAGUGCCUUUUUCUCCAAAGAUUAUGUUAUUGCCUGCCACUUUGGAUUGCCUUAUUACUACCUCUUGUUUUUUUUGUUUUUUUAAAGAAGCGAAAGAGAAGAAAAUGUGACAGGUACGUUUUCUCGAUGAAAUGAAACCAGAAGGUGACUAUGCAUUCGUUUGUUUUUUUGUUUUUUUUUGUUUUUGUUUUUUCCUCUCACAAAAGCUGACCUUUGAGGCAUGUAAUGUUUAAUCUGGGCACAAAGCAGGAUGGUAUAAUACGUUUUUUUUUUUUUUUUUUUUCAUGUAGCCUACUGUUUAACGAAGAACGGUCCAGUUUUACUGUCCAAAUGUACAGGAAGAUUGAUUGUGUUACCACAUCAACCUGGUCUCUGCGUCCCCAAAGCUUCGCUUACACCAUCGAUAAUCGGGUCUUACCCGAGUCUGACUGAGUCUAACCCGAGUCUGACUGAGUCUAACCCGAGUCUGACUGAGUUACGACAGAGUUAGGACGCCCCGCUACCACUGCUAGCCUAACAAAUAGCCGGUCCUUGUGACGGCAUCCCCCCAUUCUCUCUCUCUCUCUCUCUCUGUGUUGGAAGACGUGUGCUUUUUGUGCACUUAAAUGGUCGAGGAAAAGGGUGUGGCAACAGCAGUGCUUAUUUUCUGCCUUUUUUGUUUUGUUUUUGUUUUUGUUUUUCCAUUAUGUAGCCCUAAUUAAGAUGAAUUGUUUCUGUACUGUGAGUUAAUGUGGAUGCUAAAGGAAUAUGUGUUACAUAGGAGUAUUCUGGGGACAUACGUUUAUAUUUGUGAAUAACUUUAAACCCAGCACAGAGACCGUAUCUGCUAUCCCCGGUGUAAAACGGACAUGAGCUCUCACGGUAUUCUACUUUUCUUUUUCUUUUUUAAAAAAAAAAAAAAAUUUUUUUUUAGGUCAAUUGGUUGAAGCUACUUCGGCUGAAAUGGGUCAGUUUUGUUGGUUGACUUUUGGAACAGAAUGUUCGAGUGACAGUUGAAAUGAAACGAUUUCAUAAUUACAACAUCAUCAUCAUCAGCAGCAUAAAACAGCAUCAAACAGGUCGUCUUGAAUGAGGGAUAUCGUCUCUGUGCUGUGGCGCGUGACCAUUGAUUGUUAUUUAUAAGGGUCUAAAACACAUGGUGGGAGGGCAGGGCAGGUCAUCGGUGAUUUAUUGAUUAUUAACCAUCGCAAUAUAUAGAUGUUGGCAAUAACGCAGGACAUUGUGCUAAAAGGCAAGAAAACUGUCAUCCCAUGGAUAUCACUGCACGAGCGAUAAUGCCUGCCCCGCGUGGUCCACGGGACGAGUUCGUCCUCAAACCUCAUGCGGUAGACGUUAUACGGUGGAUUUUAUUGCACCUGGCUUUGAAUGUCCUACUUUCGGAAGAUAGAUACCAUAACACUCCUCCCGCAGAUUUCUCGAGUUUAAUUUUAUACUGUCUUUUUUUUUUUUUUUUUUACCAUUAUCAAAGUUAAUAUGUUUUGUUUUGAUCGUUGUUGUUUUUCUGACUUUCAGUGUGUGCCAUAUGCUCCACUGAAAAUAACGCGUGAUUGUGUUGAUAUUGAUAAUGAAUAAUGAGAUAUCUAAUGUAUCAUAUUCAGAAUGGUGUGGGAAAGUUUUUUGUUUUGGUUAAAAGGUGGUUUACUGUUGGUUACCAUUGUGCAUUGCAAUUUUAUAUUUUCUGUUAUUUUCAAAGUAGGGGUUGUAAUAUGUAAUCCGACAAAUGUAUCUAACAAUAAAAGACGCAUGGUGCCUUUGGGGCCAUUUCCCCAGAAAACAUAUUAAAC